CAGUGACCGGCCUCUCUGUUCAAGUAGUAGUUACGCGCCGAAAAUCCAAACCGGCAGGUGCGCGCGCGACUGGCACUGACGACUGACGGCUCCUCCCACGCCGCCGGCCAGCCUCGAUCACACGCGCAUCGCUCGCCGUCGAGCGGUCCACCGUGUGACGCACAGACCAAAGGACGCGACCGACGACCGACUGAGAGGAGGGAGGCGAUGGAGGCCCUGGCGGCGUCGAUCGCGUCGCACGUGCCGUCGGGGCUGUCGCUGGUGGCGCUGGCGAGCCCCGGCGAGAUCAUCCGGCGGGCGUCGCGGCUCGAGGACGAGCUCAAGGAGCUGCUCCGGGUGCACGAUGGCCGGGCGGGGGCGGAGCAGGGCGCCGGCGGGCAGCAGAACAAGGAGAGGUUCCUGCGCGCGUACGAGCGUCUCAAGACCGAGCUGCUCAAUGACCGCGCCUUCAACUUCGACUUCACCGAGGAGACCAGGCAGUGGGUCGCCAAGAUGCUGGACUACAACGUACCUGGAGGUAAACUGAACCGCGGGCUCUCGGUGAUCGACAGCUACAUGCUGCUGAGGGAAGGGACCGAGGUCGACGACGAGGACUUCUACCUGGCCUGCGUGCUCGGUUGGUGCGUCGAGUGGCUCCAUGCGUCUGCGCUUGUGCUCGACGACAUCACGGACAACGCCUACACGAGGCGGGACAACCUCUGCUGGUACAAGCUGCCAACGGUUGGCCUGUCCGCUAUAAACGACGGUGUUCUGCUGAAAUGCCAUGUCCAGGCCAUCAUCAAGAGAUACUUCAAGGAGAAGUUCUAUUUCCUGGACCUCAUGGAACUCUGGAACGAGAUAGGCCUGCAGACAGCCAUGGGGCAGAUGCUCGAUCUCAUCACAACUCACACUGGUGCCAAGGAUCUUGCGAGAUACAGAAUUCAAGGGUACCGUCGCAUAGUGAAGUACAAGACAUCAUACUAUUCCUUCUAUCUGCCGGUUGCAUGUGCAUUGCUCCUGAAUGGCGCGAAACUGAGCGAUUACAUUGAGCUGAAAAACGUACUCAUCGAAAUGGGUGUAUACUUUCAGAUACAGGAUGACUACCUGGACUGCUUUGGUGACCCUGAAGUAAUUGGCAAGGUUGGAACAGACAUAGAAGACUACAAGUGUUCGUGGCUAAUAGUCCAGGCUAUGGAACUGGCUAAUGAGAAUGAGAUGAAAAUAUUAUAUGAGAACUAUGGCAAGUCUGAUCCACAAUGUGUUGCGGCGGUGAAGAAUGUUUACAAGGAGCUUGAUCUUCAGGACAUAUUUUUGGAGUACGAGUCAAGGGUAUACAAGCACCUGGUUUCAACCAUUGACGCCGAGCCAGACCGUGCGAUUCGGGAGAUUCUGAAGAUCUUCUUGAAGAAGAUUUACAGGAGGAAGAAGUAGACACCUUUUUAUACUGUUAUAUAUACUGCUUAACUAAGAGGUCAACCUGAAGAACAUCUCGAGGGGGGUGGCGGUGUGAUGACCGGCACCUUUAUAUAGCAUAUUAAGUAUUAACAUGCAA